CCAGAAAACGAGCAAAAAGAAAGUGGAAGAAGAAGGUUCCUUGUAUUUGUUGUUUCAUCUUCUCUACAAAGUUUGACUUGUUAAAAGGUCGCAUUUAUUUACUUAAAUGUAGCUUUGUAUGCGAGUAAGAUUCCUGGUAGGCCUGAUAUUAAAUGAUUCGUGACAAGUAAUCUCCUUGUAUAAAAUAGACAAGAUUAUCCAUAGAAAUUUUUUCUUAAACAGUAUUGUCGUUGGACUCUUUUUUAUAUAAUCACCCUUAAACCACCCGGCUGCCUAUAUUUCUGAUAUUCUAUCUUAUUCCCCUUUUUGAUUUAGGUCGUCUGCUUGAAUCAUCAUGAACAUACUGACAACCAUGCCAAGCAGUAGUAGCUUUCAGGCAUCCGGCAGAGACUCCGGCGAGACAGUAGAUUCAUCUACAAUGGUCGACAUUGAGUCAUCACGUUUCUCCUCGUUUGAUCCUGCACACAUAACUAAGCUUGUAAGAACCCAAGAUAAAAAAUGGCUUCGAGAGCAUGGAGGUAUAGAAGGCGUGCUGUUAGCCCUGGAAACAGAUAUGGAGAAUGGCGUCAGAGGUGAUCGAACUGACAUUGACAGCAGAAGAAAAACCUUCGGCUCUAAUCUUCUUCCCGAGUAUAAUCUGCGAAAAACAUUUCGCCGUUUGGUGUUGGAAGCAAUUAGAGAUCCCAUGAUCGCUGUUUUGUUUAUCUGUGCUGUGCUUUCUCUAUGUUUUGGCAUUGAAAAACAUGGCCUACGACAAGGAUGGCAAGAAGGGUUGACAAAAAUACUUGCUAUUCUUGUAGUGGUAAUUGUUUCCUCCAGCGGAAAAUUCUGGCCAAUCACUCAAUGCCUUGAAUUUUCAGUUAUCAGCAGCUAUAUUCCUGAAACUGAUGUUGUGAGAAGCAGUAAAUGGCAGCGAAUUCCAAUAUGUCGUGUUCUUGUCGGAGACAUAGUUUUCCUAAAGCCUGGUGAUCAAGUUCCUGCCGAUGGAUUGUUCAUAGAUGGCUGUUCACUGAAUACAGAGAUGACGAAGACAGAUGGGCAAAUUGAUCGAAUCGAAGUGGAUGCACACGAGAAUCCAUUCUUGUUCUUUGGCAGUACAGUUGUGGAUGGUUAUGCCAGAAUGCUAGUGACAGGAGUUGGCAAGAACGUAAAGCACCAUGGAAUUUCUUUGAGGGGGUCUUUAAUUGACGAGCUCAAAAUAAUCACCUCUAUAGUAGGCAAAUCUGGUAAGACAGUUGCUCUGCUGACAUUUAUGGUAUUUUUGGUACGUUUCUUGACAGGCAAACUACAUGAUGAUAACGGUAAAAGAGUGUCUUUUGGUGGAGAAACAAGAAUUGGCGAUGUUCUUGCUGUCAUUGUUGGGAUUGUGGCUACUCCAACAAUGAUUGCUUUGACAUCUACUCCAGAAGAUUUGGUUUCCGCUGUCAGAACGUGUCUUGCUUAUUCAAUGAAGAGACUGAUGAAGAUUCAAAUUCUUGUGAGAGAACCUUUAAUCUGCCAUAAAGUUGCAUCUGUCACCACUGUCUGCAUGAAUAAAACUGGAACCUUAACUAUGGAUUCCAUGGAGGUGACCAAGUUCUGGCAAGGUCUAAACUCCAUUGAAGAAGUUCAGCAUAAUUUGAUUGCUCCAAGUGUGCUUGAAUUACUGCACCAAGGAAUUGGUUUAAACACUACUCAACCCCCUUCAAGGUCUUCAUCAUCUUCUCCUAUAAAUUCAACUGAGAAGACAAUUUUUGAGUGGGCAGUUAAGCAGUUAGGGAUGGAUGCGGAAAGUCUGAAGAAAAGCUGCACUAUUCUUGAAAUCAACCCAUUCAAUUCGAAGAAUAGGCAAAGCGGGGUUUUGAUCAGUAAAAAUGGCGACAAUACGAUUCACGUACAUAGAAAGGGAGCUCCAGAAGUGAUAAUUCCAAUGUGUUCUCAUUAUUAUGAGAGUACUGGAAAUGUAAAAGUGAUGAACAAAGGUUCCUUAGCUUUAUUUGAGCAAAUUCUUGCAGGCAUGGCAGAAAAUGGCUUCAGAUGUAUAGCUUUUGCACACAGGAAAACAUCAAUAAGAGAUUAUUUCACCUUCUCUCGACAGCAGCUGAUUCUAUUAGGCCUUGAAAAAUUCCAUUUCCGGUGUUUCAACUUUUGUGGAUGA